UGUUCCCUAUCUCCCAUAUACGAAUCUCUAAUUGUUGACUGACCCCCCAUAGCGUUCCUAAAUUCUUCAGAUGGCUCUCCGAGCGCUAUCCCGCCAUAUCUCAGCUCAUUGCCGAGAAUCGAAUACCUGAAUUCGACAAUCUAUAUUUGGACAUGAACGGCAUCAUUCACAACUGUACUCACAAGGACUCUUCGGAUGCCUCCUUUCGACUUAGCGAGGAUGAGAUGUUCAUCCGUAUAUUCAACUAUAUCGAACAUCUUUUUGGGAAGAUCAAACCAAAAAAACUCUUCUUCAUGGCGAUCGACGGUGUUGCCCCUAGAGCUAAGAUGAAUCAACAAAGAGCCCGCCGAUUCCGUACCGCUCUAGAUGCUGAGCAGGCUCGUGAAAAGGCCAUCCGCGAAGGCCAGGAGCUACCUAAGGAAGACCCCUUUGACAGCAACUGCAUCACUCCUGGUACUGAAUUCAUGGCGAAGCUCACCCGCCAGCUGAAAUACUUCAUCAACAAAAAGAUAUCCGAAGAUUCGGACUGGCAGGGCUGUGAUAUCGUUCUAUCAGGCCACGAGGUCCCUGGCGAGGGCGAGCACAAGAUCAUGGAAUACAUAAGAAAUGCCAAAGCACAACCCGAUUAUCACCCUAAUGUUCGUCAUUGCCUUUACGGUCUCGACGCCGAUCUCAUUAUGCUCGGUCUCCUCAGCCAUGAUCCGCAUUUCUGUCUCCUCCGAGAAGAGGUUACUUUUGGCCGCGCGUCGAAGACCAAGUCAAAAGAGUUGGAGCACCAGAAUUUUUAUCUCCUACAUCUUUGCAUCGUUCGCGAAUAUCUCGAAUUAGAAUUCCAGGAAUUGAAAAAAGAUGGCGCUUUGAAGAUGCCUUUUGAUAUGGAAAGAAUUAUAGAUGAUUUUAUCCUCAUGGCCUUCUUUGUUGGAAACGACUUUCUUCCAAAUCUUCCAUACCUUCACAUCAACGAAGGUGCAUUAGCAACUAUGUUUCGUAUCUAUAAACAGGUCCUUCCACAGUGUGAGGGGUAUAUCAACGAGGAGGGUGUAAUCAACCUGGCUCGACUAAAGUUACUAUUAGACGAACUGUCCAGGGAAGAAUACCGACACUUUGAGCACGAAUACUCUGACUCAAAGUGGCUUAGGAGCAAACAAGCGGCAGACACGAAUGGGCAUGAUUCUACGAAAAUGAAGGGAAAACUAGUGAUGGCAAGCUCGCAGAAAGAACUUUGGAAACAGAUCCGCAAGUUCGUAACCAAGCGAUCCCAAGGUUCACUAAACUUAGGUCAUCAUCUGAUCGCUGCGGAUCGCAAAUUUGUGCAGGAUGCUGCAGAGAACUUGCAUAUAGAGUGGCAUACUAUUCAAAACGAUGAUGGUCAAAGAGACAUAAUCUUAGAAUAUCCCUCUAAGGCCAGAGUGCCUGAUGGGGACGAUGGGGACGAAGACGACGAAGACGAAAACGAGGAGGGGCACCUCGCACUGCUUCGGGUGGUGAAGCGUUAUGACAACGCCCAGGUCGUUGACUUAUCGGCGGAAGAAGCCCGAGCGACUCUACAGCGUAAAUACGACGAAAAGUUUGCGGAAUGGAAGGAUUCAUACUAUGAGGAAAAGUUCCAUUGGCCAGCUGAGGUUAAAGGAUCGGAAUUGGUGAAGCUAAGCGAGAAUUACGUUCAGGGAUUGCAGUGGGUUUUAUACUAUUACUAUCGCGGGGUGGCAUCAUGGCCUUGGUACUAUAAAUAUCAUUAUUCUCCCAUGACUUCAGACAUUUCGAAGGGGUUCAAUGCGGAUCUCAACUUCAAACUUGGGCAGCCCUUUCGACCAUUUGAGCAAUUAAUGGGAGUUCUGCCUGACAGAAGCAAGAAAAUCGUACCAUCUGUGUACCAUGAACUCAUGACCAACCUUGAUUCUCCGAUAAUCGACUUCUAUCCACGAGAUUUUGAAUUGGACAUGAACGGGAAGAAGAUGGAAUGGGAAGCCGUUGUUAAAAUUCCCUUCAUUCAAGAGAGUCGACUCCUCUCUGCCAUGGCCCCUUGCAACGAUCUUCUUUCCCAAGAGGAAAAGGCCAGAAAUGAUUUUGGCGUUUCUCUCAAAUUUACUUACGACCCAGGCGUAAAUUUCACAUACCCUUCAUCCAUGGUUGGCAUUUUCCCAGAUAUUCCGAAUUGUCGGUGUGUCGAGAAUAUUUUUGACCUUCCUGUGGCCGAGGGUCUGGACCUAUAUGUCGGCCUUGUGGAUGGAGCAAAAACAGGGGCAGCCGCAUUGGCUGGAUUCCCAAGCCUCGCCACACUUCCGUACAACGCAAUGCUUGGGUUUCAUGGUGUCAAUGUCUUCCAACAGGAAAGUCGCAACGAGAGUAUGGUGGUCACAUUAUCCAAUACGGAUGCACGAUCCAGGAUAGAUCUAGCAAAAGUUAAACUAGGUCUGAUAUGUCAUGUCGGCUAUCCCUUUUUACAGGAAGCGAGAAUUAUUCGCGUCUCCGAUGAGUUGUUUGAUUAUACUCUCGAUUCAAAUAACUCGGGGCAGGUUAUCGAACAUCACCACUCGGGCAGAGACAUUGAAGAGUGGAACAAGAAGGCUACGCGCAUUGAGAAUUUCUACAGCAAACGGCUAGGGAUCAUCACUGGCCCUGUUGAAUCUCUCGUUCACGUUGAGAUGCUAAGAGGGCUUGCGAAGACAGACGACGGCGCGACCAUUAAGGCUUAUGGUACCAUACCCGGCAUGGAAACCGACUAUGCGCUGCAGGUUAUUGUUGAUGAGGUUAUCAGUCCCGAUGAGAGAUUCAUUGAGCGAGCUGCUGUUCCUAUCGAGGAGGAGUUUCCAGUAGGAACUCACGCUUUCUUCCUAGGUGAAUUCGCUUAUGGACGCCCCCUAGAAGUCACCGGGCAUGCGGACAAUAAGGCCGCCAUUGUCGUAUCGGUCAUUGGUAAAGAACCAGAAUUCGCUCGGCAGAUCAUCAAUCGCGCAGAGCAUCAAAGCGGCUACAAGCCAUCUUUUGCUGUGGCCAAAGACCUUGGUCUUCACCCUCUGGUCCUGAGUAAGAUCACAUCUUCUUUCUACGUUUACACUGUAGGUGGCAACAUGAAAGUUAAUUUGGGGCUGAACCUCAAAUUUGAAGGAAAAAAGCAGAAGGUGUUAGGUUACUCCCGGAAGUCAAACUCCGGUUGGGAAUUCAGCCCUUCAGCAAUCGUCCUGCUUGUACAAUAUAUGACCCAGUUCCCUGACUUCUUUGCUGCUAUUUUACGGAAUCCAUCAGGGAGCGAGUUAAGUGACACGGAUCUAUGGUCAGACCCCGACGUCGCGAGCGCGAGGGUCAAAGAAAUUGGCGCCUGGCUUAAGACGAUUGAGACAAGCAAGUUUGAGCGAGUACCACUCGAUGCUCAACAACUAGAUUCAGAAGUCGUAAUGGAACUUCAGAAAGCAUCUGAUGCCCUAAGGGAUUCCGAUGUCAAGACCAACCGUAAGAAGAUGACGGGUGUUCCUCGAUCCGCUCUGCUUCAUCCUAAGGAUUCAGAACAGAGACUUGGUCACCAGACAUUUAAGCUCGGCGAUCGGGCUGUUUACGUACAGGCCUCAGGCAAAGUUCCCAUCGCUGCCAGAGGAACAAUUAUCGGUGUCAGUACAGUGGGCAACCACCACAUGCUUGACAUCCUCUGGGACAAUGCUUUCAUGAACGGCACGACCCUCAACGGUCGCUGUGAACCAUUUCGCGGGCAAACAGUUUCGGCCAACUCGGUACUUAAUGUGUCUCAGAAACAAUUGAUUAUCGACUCCAAAUCCAGCAUGGAAAGACGGCCUACACAGGCUCCUCUGGCAGCAAACGGAUAUGGUGCAUCGACUGGUCAUCAACUCCGUGACGCUACCACUCCUAGGCCUCUUCAGGGUAGCUGGCGCGGGGCCGUCAGCAGCGGUAACCGCCACGUCCCUAACGGGCGAGGCAGCCCAUCACAGCGUGGUCCCAGAAAUUCUGUGCCUCAUCUCCAGCACAGCAGCCUCGUAUACAGACCACACCCAGAUGGACAUAAACCAAUUACCAACGGACAACAUGCUCAGGCCCACAAUGGUGCGCAAGGGGGCCGGGCCAGUCGGGGUGGCCGUGGUGGUAGAGGCAUGAGAGGUGGAGGGGCCAGUAGAACCGAACCGUUUGUUCAAAACACAUCAGCAUCCAUGACAGCACAAUUCUCCACGGUCUCUUCCAGUGAUGGUCAGGUUCCGCAGUCCUACAACGCCGUACCACCACCUGCAGGACUUCAUUCCCGCAGUGGCGGGCGCGGUCGGGCUCGUGGCCGCGGACAAGGAAGGGGUCGCGGGCGUGGCAACGAAUGAGAUGGCAUAUGCCUGCAGUGUGCCUGGUGAAUGGGGCUAAUAAGCAGUAUGGUGUGACCUCGGCCUUCCCACCUGUUUAAACGCAGAGGGUAGGCUUCUGAGGGGUUAACAAACAACAUCAGCGCCCCGAAUGUGCGAGCUUGACGCCGUCUACAAUAUGUCCCAGUACUUCGCUUUUUCAUAACAUCAGAUUAGCAAGAUUCACGUGCCGCUUCGAAGAUGUAUAGCACGGUAUUCAUGUCGUUGUGCCAAUCAGCUAUGGUAGCUAAAUGACGAAGUUAUACAGAAUAUGAUACGGGAAACAAUGUAUUAUAGGAAAUUAGCAUUCGCAGCUAGGACCAACCACAAGGGGGUCGAGAUACCAGCCAAUUCAGCGAGAAAGUUAGACUCGU